CUCUCCCUGUCUGGCAGCAAGUAUCACCUCUUCAUUUCUUCUGUCUUGCAGCGCUCAAACACAGUAUUAGAUCAGCUUGAUGCUUCCAGGUUUCUCCCCACACACAGCUCGGAGUAAUUGUUGGGGAGGGCCUGAGAUCAGUCCCUGUGAUCUGGGCCAGACUGAGUCUAAGACAUCCAUGGGAAGAAGUAAGUGUCAUGUUCGGUGAAAGACAACUGCUGGCUGGCUGGCGUUAACCUGCUUUAAAGCACUACUCACUGUGAUGCAGGAAGUGUAAUAUCUGCGUAACGACCACAUUAGGUGUUUCCUUUUUACAUUUGAAGUCAUUAUUACGACACAACAGCUCAAUUCAGACUUCUUGUGUUAUCACUGCGAGACACUAACUAUCUGAAUUUUGACCAACAUCAUCCAAAUAACUGAACAGCCGCAGAUGAGCUGGCUGCAGCCGUGUGAGGACCACAGCCUCGACAGCCACUGUGGAAGUCGUGUCUCUUUAACGGAGGUAUUCUCAGGCCGGGAGGGGGGCUGGAUGGGUUCAUCGGGUUCACGUAGUAUUGCACGCCUCCUCCCAUUUCAGGUUGGCUGCUUCCCCGGCUCCCUCGGUGAAAGGGGUAGCUGUAAGGCAAAUAGGUGAUGGAAGUUUGCAGUGGAAAUGGCUGAAUAGUCGAGCUUGACCUUUAUUCGGGACACGGACUCGAUCAGCUGAUGACUCCAAACCAGCUGCCAUUUUCAGGUCAUUCGAGGCACCUCGCGAACUUGUUUGUAGCUCCAGCCAGCCGCACGAGCAAACGUGCUUUCUCCGCCUGCCAGUCGCCCACUGGGAUGGGGGCAUCGCUUCGUCCUGAGCUGUGCAGCGCUGGAAUAUAAACCAUGAUGGCUGAUGGAUGUUGCAGAGGGAUGGAAAGAGGCAGGGGGAAGAUUGCAUCAGAUGCCUCACCGAGACCCGCGUAUCCUCAGCAGUACGUCCACGCCGGACCCCCGCAGCAGGGCAGUGACAUCCAGGAGUUAGCCUCCAAGCGCGUCGACAUCCAGAAGAAGCGCUUCUACCUGGACGUGAAGCAGAGUGUGCGCGGACGCUUCCUGAAAAUAGCCGAGGUGUGGAUCGGAAGAGGCCGCCACGACAACAUCAGGAAGAGCAAGCUGACGCUGUCGAUGUCGAUGGCCCCCGCUCUGCGCUACUGCCUGGGAGACUUCAUAGAUUAUUAUGCCCGUAUCGGACUGCGGGGCGGCCUGGCGCCUCCGCAGCUCGAGGAGCACAGCAACAACGGCCAGGGCCGCGCGCACGACUCCCGCCGGAGAGCGCAGGAGCCGCACGCGGUGCUGUCUCCCACCGGCUCCGCGGCGUCCGACGACCGUGCCCACCGCGUCCUCAAGAGCGAAUUUAUCGAGAGGGACAACAGGAAGUACUUUCUGGACCUGAAGGAGAACCAGAGGGGCCGGUUCCUCCGCAUACGGCAGACUGUCAGCAAAGGACACGGCACAAUGGGCUACUACGGCCAGGGCAUCGAGCAGACCAUAGUGCUGCCCGCUCAGGGGCUCAUCGAGUUCAGAGACGCGCUGUCGCAGCUCAUUGAAGACUACGGCGACGAAGACGGCGACGACCGCGGCCGAGCCGGAUCCAGGACUCACGACGACAACCCCGACCUUCCAGAGGCCGCGUCCUUUCGGGUGGACAACAAGAGGUUUUACUUUGACGUCGGGUCUAACCGGUAUGGUAUCUUUUUAAAGAUUAGCGAAGUGCGGCAGCCGUACAGAAACACCAUCACGGUCCCCCUGAAAGCCUGGGCCAGGUUCGGAGAAAACUUCAUCCGGUACGAGGAGGAGAUGCGGCGGAUCUUCUCGUGUCACAAGGAGAAGAGGACAGACGCUCGGCAGGACAGCGAGGAGCAGGAGGACUGACCUUGGCAGUAGGCGGUCUGUGAUUGAGUCCAGUAAGCCCCAGAUCCCGUCCUUGCUGUGCCCCGCGUUAACACGGCUGCUGCUGCCGAGGUCCGCUCUCCCGCAGCCGGCUGUGGCCCGAACCCCACUCCGCUGAUUCUUUCAUUUCCCACCGCUAUUUAAUGUCUUCCCCCCCCCAUUACAGUACAUUUCUUUAGCUGAGCUUUUACCCAAAGCGAUACAGCUCACUGUAGACUCCAGCUGCUUUGCUUCUGAGUGACACUGGAAGGGGACAACGAGUCCGCCCCCGAAACACAGCGUGGACAGCUGGACCUGCCAGUCCGCCACAACUAGGUCUUUAUGAAAAGGGUCAAUUAAGAACCAGCUAACAUUUAAGUCUUUUACAUUUCUAUUUCAGCUGCAACUAAAAAUGGACAGAAGAACUGGGCUCAGUCCAGGUCCAGGGACCGGGACCGGCCCAUGUGAUGCAGUCACACUGCGGGAGCUUUCCCAUCAGCAGUAACGCUGUGGCAGAGACGGAUGCGGUCAGAACGGUCUGCAGUGGGGGACGUGUGGGAGGUGAGGGGAGACACCAGUCCGGCCUCAAAGCAGCAGCAGGACUGAGGGGCCGGGGGCGGCCCGGUUCCCGAUUAGCCCUCAGACUUGCUGCUGUUUCCCCUUCCUUACCGUCGGCAGCCUCCCGAGCUGCUCUGCCAGAGUGCCAUUGUCAGUAGGAAAGCACCUCACUGUUUACAGUGGGAGACGCAAACGUGUUACUAGCCAGUGCAAUACCUGUCCUCUAGUAUUCCGUCCAACCCGGCACUGAGUCCACACACAGGGCCUGUUUGUCAUGUUGAGCUUUGUGUUUGUCACAUUCUGAUGCUAAUAUUUGAUUUGUCACGCGCUUUGAAGCCUCAAACACUUGAAAGGAAUUGGCUGUAUGAAUAUUUCUUCUACAUAGACGUCUCUUCUCACCACCCAGAAGCCCAGUUAAGACCGAGAAGAGCAGACCACAGUGACCCUGUCUGAAAAGACACUGUAGAUCUCAUGCUUCUUAAGGAGUGUGUUGCUGUAGUUACAUUAUUUAUAGUGUGUUGCAAUCAUAGCAGGUACAGCUGCGAUUCACACACUUGGUUUGCUGAAGGAAGAGAUGAGCGCGGGCAGCAGUGUGGCUCACAGUGCUGUACACAAUCCAAGCGCAGAAAAGCGACCUGUGAAGGGUCUGCCAGUGCAGACUGUCCCGUGAGAGACCCAGACUGGCUCCGCACUGAAGCCUGCAGGAACGUGGCUUCGCACACUUUUUAACUGUCAUCAUUUCUUCCUCCUGCAACUGUAGGGGGCCCCUGUGGCACCCAAACCUUUGGGCUCGUGACCGCUUAGAACAAAACAAUGUCAAGAGGAACUUCCUUCUCAGAUUCCUUUAUCUGAACGAUUUAUUUGUGGCAAAAGUUUCAGUAAAAAGCAAAAUUUGGAGCAAAGUCUGAGGAAAGGUGUUACGGAAAUAAUUGUUUCUGCUUUUCUAUCCUGUUAAUCAUCUCGUGAGCCCUGAGAGUGAGCUUGAAAGCACUGAUGUAGACAGUCCCAGUGCCAGCUGUAUAGUGAUGCCUUUAAAACUCUUGUGGAUACUUGAAACAUUGAGAAGGAUAUUUUAGAUUAUUAUUUUACUACAUGCCCCUUAGACCUUGACACACUGAUAAUAUUUGAAAUGACACAUCAGAGUGAGUUCUUUCCUGAGUAAUACAUUAGACCAAAACCUAUGGCUUAAUGUGUGGGGGAAGGAUUAGUUUGAUUUUGAAUAUGUGGUGCUAUGGAAAUGCGUUUACACAGUUGCGGACGUAAACAGAUAGGAGGAGGUAGAAGCCGGACUGGCGACCUUGAUGUCGGUGGAUGACCUCGGCACUCAUUGGCACACGGGGCAGAUAAAUGAGUGUUAGCGUAGAAAGGGCUCAGCGUCCCGCUCGGUCGGGCCUUUAAAUCGCCUUUGCCCCGAUGAGCUCGUUUCUGCAGAGCCGUGUAUUUGACCUCUCCCCUCUAUCUGCUGAUGAGGAACUGAUGAAGUUGUCUACGUCUUACUUGUGUGUUAUUUUUGACUGCGAGUCCCUAAAAAGCCACGAAGUGCUGCUUCUCCAUAAGAGCUUGACUGGCAGUUGGCGGUACAUUGAGCUCUGUGUAUACUGUAUGCGACCUGCACGAAAGCAGAGCUGGUCACUCGCGACAAAGAGCCCGUUUCGGACUUUGACUGAACUACAAAACCGUGGAUUCAGCACAAGGUGACUCCAGGUCUCUGUAAGAUCAGACCCCAAGGUGACCAAAGUCAAGGGCUCGCAACCAAGAUAGGCACUCCGCUCAACACCACACACGUGGACCAUCAGAAUUCAGUACUACUUUAAAAAAUGAUUGAUUUAGUCCCAACAGUUCGUCAUCUGUCGUAGUUGUUAUAGAACGGAAUGGAGAGCGAGGGCGGGGCCAACGCAGACAGAACUGUAAUGGCUCGCACGGUUAACUCGGUGCAGUGGACAUUUCCAAAGCAUUUACUCCGUCAGUACCGUAGAGUCGUGUCGUACGCGCCGCUCUUAACACAGGAACUCCACUUUGCUGUUCUUUUGUUGUUGACAGCGUGAAUGAAAAGGGUGUUUCUGUUUCUGCAGAGAAAGGGAGGAGCGGCAGAGCGGAAACGACAACAGGACUCUGUUGCCGGUAAACACGGAGGAAGGGUUCUGUUUGCGUUAACGGCAAAUUAAAAGGAGCAGAUUAGAAAACAGGAUAUAACAAGAUAUUAGAAAUAAAUACAUGUUGCUGGUUCUCUCUGCAGCUGAGGUAAAUAAAGAUACACUAUUUGAGAAGAGACGGUAUACAGUAUAUACAACAUGGUUCCUGACAUGCUAGAGAAUCACUACGUGCAGCUGAUGGUUGGACUUGUAUCACGGAGGUGUGUUGCCCAGCAGAUGCUGAUGUUUCACCGUGCUGCUGUGGAGAGCUCAUAUCUAAUACCUCACACCGCAGUGCUCUGCUGCCUGCGGCAGUUUUUAAAGACACACUUAAAAACAUGUAUUUUCCCCAGAGGCCGGCACCAAAAUGCUCAUUCAAAAGGCAGGUUCCAUCAUGUGGCCUUCCAAACACCGUAGCUGCUGCAGUACAUGUAUGUCAGGCAGGGAUUGUGUUUGUAAAGACAUUUCUUAUGGCCAGUAUUUUCAAACUGUGGCCAUGGAAAACACGCAUAUUGAGUUUAAACCCAGUUCCAGUCAGCAGUUUAACCAUUUUGUUUUUAUUGUGCUGACAGUGUUAUAGGAUAUUACUAAGCUGCUGCACCGACGUUCAAAGAGAGAGUUCAAAAAGCUUCGUCGCCCGUCACAGUGAACGUGGAACAUGCACAGCGUCUCCGGCAGGCCCUUCGUCUCAGUGCCGUGCUACUGCAAUGACUGGUCUUGGUGUAGGAGGAAGUCCGUGUUCAAAGACUUGCCUUGCACGAAAAGCACCGGACUAGCUGUGUCUGUUGUGCGGUGUAGGGCGCGAACCGGCGUGAUUCAAUGAGUUGUUUUAUUUUCAUAUAAAUGGCUGAAGUUAUAUAAAGCAGUGUAGGAAGUAUAAUUCAAAGCACAAUUUAUUUUAAAAAUGAUUCUUGACAUUGAUUUGAUUCAGCAUUGAUGGCCAGUGGUUUUGGCUCCAGAGGCAGAUUUCGCCUCAGCCAGGAUACUAAGAUAAAGACAUGGUAUUAAUUCUCCUGAAAGUGGAAUGUGAAUUAAUGCCAUCUGUCUUUUGAAUUCCAAAUAUCACUCCAUAAAAGCACUUUAAAGAAAAGCUGCACUUGGUUCUGCUGCUUUGUAAUCAGCGGGCGUAGAGGGACCAUUCCUAUCAAUGCCUUUGGUGUAAAGAGACAAUCAUGGGUCCCUGCUCAUAGACUCUGAGGAGCUGCAGUUAAACAGCACUCCAUCACGAUCCGUGUCCGGUGUUGAGCUUCUCAUCGAGGUGACGUCUGGAGUUAUGUAUAGUAAUACAAACGCCGUAGUAAGUAAUCAUUGUCGGAUGUACUGAGACUCGCUGAAUUCUGUGAAAUGCACAUUUCAUCCUGUGGAAAUGAACAAUGUGAAGAUACUCUACCAUGAAUGUUUGGCGACAGCACAGACUAACGCUGUCGUGUUUUAUUUGAAAUUCAAACUGCCGCUUAAAAACGUUCUAUUUGAAUUUCAGAUUCACAGUUUAUUAGCUCAACGGGCCAUGUCUUGUACUCCGACGAGGACAUUUGUAAAAUGCCCGGUUGUCAGUAAACUAGGCUUUUGUUGCUGCUGGCGCUAAGUGACGACGCCACACCGUGUGAGAAGUAAUGUGAGGAAUGUUUUAGAAUGGCCCCACACCUGAACGGACCAGCGUUCACGCUCCCACGCACUUUGACAUCAGAUCACGUUCGAAUACAUCUGAAUAAUCGUAGAAAAGGUUUCAGUCGUAGUCAUCUGGACACUGU